GGGCGGUGCCGCUCUCACCACGCUUUGCCUCCGCUCCGCUCGCCUGACUCUGAUGGGGACGCCGCGAGGCCGCCUGGGGGGGCUCUGCCUGCUGCUGCUGCUGCUCCAGGCUGGAAGGGGCCUUUGCGAGGAGACGCCGCGCUGCCGGCCGGGCUUCAGCUCGGAGACCUACACGUUCCCUGUGUUCCGACGGGACCUGAGAAGGGGCCAGAGGCUGGGCGAAGUGAGCUUUGAGGGCUGCACGGGGAGGACUCACGCACCCUACGCAUCAGAGGACAGCCACUUCGAGGUGCGUGGCGGCGUGGUUUGGGUCAAGCGGCCUCUGCACCUCCGCCACCAUGAACGGCGCUUUGGCAUCCUGGCCUGGGACUCGGCUGGCAAGCAGCACUCAGCCACAGUAGUCUUGAGGAGCCGCCACCACGGCCACCACCAGCAUGAACAGGAACACCCUCCUCGUGUGGAGCCCUACGGGCCAGCUGCAGGAGAAGUACUGGCCUUCCCCGAGUCUCGGCCAGGCCUGAAGCGGCAGAAGAGGGACUGGGUCAUUCCGCCAAUCAACUGCCCGGAGAAUGAGAAGGGUCCCUUCCCCAAGAAACUGGUGCAGAUCAAAUCCAAUAAGGACAAAGAGACCACCAUCUUCUACAGCAUCACUGGGCAAGGAGCAGACGCACCCCCUGAAGGCGUCUUUACUGUGGAGAGGGAUUCUGGCUGGCUGGAGGUGACCCGCCCGCUGGACAGAGAGGCCAUCGACAAAUACAUUCUCUUCUCCCAUGCGGUCUCUGCAAACGGAGAGCCUGUUGAGGACCCCAUGGAAGUCAUCAUCAAGGUGACCGACCAGAACGACAACCGGCCCCAGUUCACCCAGCCCGUCUUCUACGGAUCAGUGCAAGAAGGAGCCACGCCAGGUACCAGCGUGAUGCAGGUCUCGGCCACUGAUAAAGACGACAGUGUGGAUUCCUACAACGGGGUCAUCACCUAUUCCAUCAUCAGCCAGGCCCCACCGGAGCCCCACCCUCAAAUGUUCACCAUCAACAAUAAUACAGGCAUGAUCGGCGUGAUUAUAUCUGGCCUGGACAGAGAGAAAUUCCCCAAGUACACGCUGAUCCUCCAGGCUGCUGACAUGCAGGGACAAGGCUUAACCACUACAGGGACAGCUGUGAUUACUGUCACUGACAGGAAUGACAACCCGCCCGUUUUUGACCCAGACAAGUAUGUUAAUGCAGUGCCAGAGAACGAGGUGGGGUUCCCGGUCGCCAAGCUGAAGGUGAGAGACGCAGAUGAAGAAGGAGGCCCAGCGUGGAGAGCAAGAUACAGCAUCAUCUCGGGGAACGAGGGAGGGAAUUUUGUCAUCACUACCGAUCCUCAGAGCAACGAUGGCCUCUUGAAAACAGCCAAGGGGCUGGACUACGAGGAGCAAAAGAAGUUUGUCCUUGAAGUCUCUGUGAGGAACGAAGCCGACUUCUCCAUGCCUCUCCAAACAUCCACGGCCACAGUGACAGUCAAUGUGGAGGAUGUCAACGAGGCCCCCGUUUUUGUGCCGCCUGUCAAGCGUGUGACGCAGUCUGAAGAUCUCCCUGUCGGGCAGGUGGUGACGACCUAUACUGCCCGGGACCCAGAUAAGGAUAUGAAACAGAUCCUCAGGUACUCCAUUGGGAAAGACGUGGCCCAGUGGCUGGAGAUUAACCCUGAAAACGGCGUCAUACUGACUAAAGCCGCUCUGGACAGGGAGUCGGAGCAUGUGAGGAACAACACCUACGAGGCCCUCGUUUUCGCGACGGACAGUGGGGACCCAUCAGCCACCGGAACGGGAACCCUCCUUUUGUACCUCAAUGAUGUGAAUGACAACGCCCCAGAGCCAACCCCCCGGAACUUCGACAUCUGCAACCGAAGCCCAGAGCCCCAGCGGCUGAACAUUGUGGACAAGGAUCUCCCCCCCCACACCUUCUCAGCAGACCUGAAGUUUGGCGCAAAUGCCAACUGGUCGGUCCAAAUUGAGCAGCCUGACAGUCUGAUCCUGAAGCUGACGAAGGUGCUCGAGCCAGGCGAGUACAACAUUGCUUUGCAGCUGAGCGACGGCAACGGGAAGUCGCAGAUAACGAUGGUCAAAGCCCAAGUGUGCAACUGCGAAGGGGAAGCCAAGAACUGCGACAGAAAGGGGUUCAUAGCAGGUGGCUUGGAGGUCCCGGCCAUUCUGGGGAUCCUCGGCGGGAUUCUUGCCUUGCUGAUCCUGCUUCUGUUGCUGCUGCUGUUUGUGAGGAGGAGGAAGGUGGUGAAGGAGCCGCUUCUCCCCCCUGACGACGACACUCGAGACAACGUCUAUUACUACGACGAAGAAGGCGGUGGGGAAGAGGACCAGGACUACGACAUGAGCCAGCUGCACCGUGGCCUGGAUUCUCGUCCUGAGGUCACCCGCAAUGAUGUUGUGCCCACGCUCAUGCCAGCCCCACAGUACCGCCCACGCCCUGCCAAUCCUGAUGAGAUAGGCAAUUUCAUUGAUGAGAACCUGAAGGCGGCUGACACAGACCCCACGGCACCCCCUUACGACUCCCUGCUGGUGUUCGACUACGAGGGCAGCGGCUCUGAGGCCGCCUCGCUCAGCUCCAUCAACUCCUCCACUGGAGACCAAGACCAGGACUACGACUACCUCAGCGACUGGGGCAACCGCUUCCAGAAGCUAGCGGACAUGUACGGAGGGGGCGAGGAGGAGGACUAGGCGUGGUGGGAAUUCGGCAGGACAGAGCUCAGCGUGCACGUCUUCUGGGGAGCAAGAGCCAGCUAUCAGUCGCACUGGCAGAGACCCACCUGCCCUCCCCUUUCCAACAGCUCAAUAAUAAUCGAGCAGCUGCUCAUUGCCCAAAUGCUGCAAACUUGCCUGCCUUCCCAUGUCGGUCCCUCUCAGGGAGGAUUCAGACAACUGAAUUUUUUCACAGGAUGUUUUUAAUAUUUUCUUUUGAAAAUUUAAACUUGCAUUGUCUCAUUGCCAGACAGUCCCUUCCGUUUUGCUAAGCGUUGACUCUGUCAAUGGGACAAGAACUCCCUGAGAUGACUGGUGCAUAACAUGCUCUUAACUGGUUGUCUGAAUCCAUCCUCUUUGGGGAAUUCUUUUUCCUCGGCGAACAUCCGAGAGGCCUCGCUUUAGGGUCAUUGGUCGUCUGGAUCAAUGCAAGCCACCUUUGAGCAGUCGGCCUGGGGUUUUACUACCGCUUGUCGCAGCCAUAAUCCCAUAGUCCUUCCACCUGGACCUGUUUCACGCCGAGCUCCUGGGCUCUUCCUCCAUUUAUUCCUUUAAUCUUGAAUCCCCGUCUACCCUCCGCUUACCUGUAAUUACCCCACUACCACCACAGCUCCUCUAGAAAGGCAGCCGGAGCGCACACGCAAAAACAAGAAUCUGACGAGAACGAAGCAUGUAAAGAAAGGAAGACUGUACAAGAAAGAACCGGUCUGCAGAGUAUCUGGGGUCAAACAGUUCCGGUGAUGAGAAGAUGCUGUUCCCUGACACAUAAACUGAACAGCCGGGAGAUGUUUCGAGACGUGCCAACACGACUUCAAGCCCAACCAUUCUGUGAGACGCAGGCUGAUGAGGAUUCCGAGCUGGGGACAACGGUGAGCCCCUUGGGCACCUCCUCACGCUGAUGCACUUUAGCCCUCUACCCCUGAAGAAGAUUGUGGGUCCUGUGUGCGCUUGGCAAUCCUGCGCAGCUAUCAAAUGCGGUACCCAGUGCGGAAUUUAGCUAGCAUCCAGAGGACCCGCUUUUAAAAUGAAAGAGAGAACUUUUUAGUUCCAAAGAUGAGCAGCACCUGAUGUAAUCUCGGGGAGGGAGGGGGGACUCUGUUGCCCUGCACAGCCCUCUGCUGGGACCAGCCAAAGCACAAGAGAGUCUUAUUUGUAGAAUACGCCUACAAUGUGUAUAUUGCAGAAAUCGUAGUUUCUUGAUGUAGAAUUGGGGGUGUAUGUGAUAGUAAAUACAGAUCUGGCUAUUAUAACCCCUUUAAGGAGGAGCAAGGUUUUGGAGGGAGCCGUUGGCAAGAAAUGUCUUAGGAAUAUUUAGCCCAUUGUGCCCUCGCUGCCUUCGGGGUUCCAGAUUCACCAGAUGCUUGCAUGGAGAGUGCCUACAAUGCAACUGAAUAAGGGGCCAUUUUUCUUACGGUGCAUUUUCUGCCAAGUAAUCUAGUUGUAAUUAGAGGUGAUUAUCCGAGUGAAGAUGCCAAUGAUUUCCUUCCAGUUGCUCUUCAGUAUCAAAUGUCUGUGUGAUUGCGGUUCCCUGUGAUGGACUCCCUUUUUUACAAGAAUGAGAGUCUUUAUUAGUUUUUGAUCUGGAUAUUUCACUGUUCUUUUUAUACCUUUUUCUGUAUAUGAGCAAGAAGGGGCGCAAAAUUCUCACAAGCCAUACUGUAAUGCCUUAUUUAGCAGAUAUGUUUUUUAUACAAUUUUAAUAAACUUUUGUCUUUUAAAA